AUGGACACAGACCCACUGUUCGCACUCGCUCCGGAACCGCUCGAGAUCACCACGCUGCCGCCCACGUCCGCUGAACCGACACCGCCGUUGAUGUCCACCUCGCCGCCGGUCUUCACACCCGUUCCACCUAGCAGCACCACACGUCCGCCAGCGCUCACGCCGUUGCUGUCCGCCACGUUGCUGUCGCCGCUGCGCACAAGCACGUUGCCGCCCGCGUUUGAGUCGCCCGACCCCACCAGCAAGUCGAUGUCCCCGGACGCACCCUUCGUCGCGCCCGACGUCACGAUGUUGACCGCCCCGGAGUUGCCGCCCAGAGACACACCGGUCGACAACGAGAUGGACCCACUGGCCUGGGCGCCGCCCCCCGAACCCGCCGUGGACACCACCACAUCGCCACUCGUCGCCGUGGUCCCAUUGCCGCUGGUAAUGCGCACGCUGCCACCAACGCUCACGCCGUUGCUGUCCGCCACGUUGCUGUCGCCGCUGCGCACAAGCACGUUGCCGCCCGCGUUUGAGUCGCCCGACCCCACCAGCAAGUCGAUGUCCCCGGACGCACCCUUCGUCGCGCCCGACGUCACGAUGUUGACCGCCCCGGAGUUGCCGCCCAGAGACACACCGGUCGACAACGAGAUGGACCCACUGGCCUGGGCGCCGCCCGUAGACAACGAAAUCCGGCCGCUCGUCAGAGCCGUUCCUGCGCCUCCGCUUACUUUGACAACGCCGCCCGUUUGGCCCUUUCCGCCGGAGACCUCCACCUUUCCGCCCACACCCGACGACGUGCUUGACGACGUGCCAGCAGACAGCGUGAUCGCGCCGCUGGCUGCCUUGCCUCCGGCUCCCACGCGCAUCGUGAUAUCACCGCCCUUGCCACUCGCAGAGCCAUCCGACGUCGCCACCAACACAGAGCCAGAGUCUCCACCGCUUGCGAUGCCGCUCGAGACCAUCACCACGCUGCCGCCCACGUCCGCUGAACCGACACCGCCGUUGAUGUCCACCUCGCCGCCGGUCUUCACACCCGUUCCACCUAGCAGCACCACACGUCCGCCAGCGCUCACGCCGUUGCUGUCCGCCACGUUGCUGUCGCCGCUGCGCACAAGCACGUUGCCGCCCGCGUUAGAGUCGCCCGACCCCACCAGCAAGUCGAUGUCCCCGGACGCACCCUUCGUCGCGCCCGACGUCACGAUGUUGACCGCCCCGGAGUUGCCGCCCAGAGACACACCGGUCGACAACGAGAUGGACCCACUGGCCUGGGCACCGCCCGUAGACAGCGAAAUCCGGCCGCUCGUCAGAGCCGUGCCGGACUCCAAGCUCGAGAUCAGCACGUCUCCGCUCGCCACAUUCGUGCCGCCGCCACUUUGA